ACUGACCGCGCUCCGGAAGUCCCCGGGCGAGCUCUACUCCGCGUGGGAGCGGGUGACCCAACUCACCUCACGUUUCACCCCUGCCUCUCAACUGACUUCCACAGUUCAGGUCCGCGGACAGGGAGGGAAAUGAGAGCUCAGGCUGGCCCCGAGCCGUGUGUGUAGUAGGGUCGUUGAAAUGACAGAAGGGAGGCGGGCAGGAUCCUAGGAUUUAGAGCUUGUCAGAACACAGACAACACACCCCCUACGAGGCAAGGCUGGGAAGGCCGAGCAGGCGGUCUGGUGAGAGCAGAGAAGGGGCGAUCUACUUCUCCUGGGCUACUGAUGCCCCCGGGGCACUGCUGGUGUGGUGGGCAGUGGCCGCAGGAUCUAGGAAAGGAAGUCACGUAAGGGACCCUCGCUGUUUGGCAAGAGUAGUCACUGGCGAGAAGGUGGCCCAAGCAGAGCUUGCCAUUUGCUUCAUGUCUGUCGUGGCAGCCUGCUGUAGGUAAAGAUGGACAGCAGGCGGCAGCGCCCCCAGAGGAAGACGCUACAGUGGCGGCUCGCUCAAGAACAACCGCAACAGUCCCCCUCACUCGGGCCUUCAGCGGCCUCCGUCCAGCCAGACACCAACAGCAACCCUCAGGAGGACCUGCAGACCCAAGACUGGGUGUCUGAGCCCCCCAAGCACAGGAGACCAGGUAGCCGCUGGAGUGUCAGCAUCGACGAGCGUAGGCGUCUGGCCAUGCUGCAUAUACAGAGAAGGACAAACACAGCCAGAGCCCUAUCUAGAGACAAGCUGGGCCUGCAGACUGUACCCUCCCCACUGACCGGGCCUGCCCCAACCUCUCCCAACCAGGUCCCCGAAACCACGGUUGAUCCCUCGCAGGAUAUUGUGCAGAUGGUGGCCCAGCUGAUAUCUGAGGGUGUGGACAGGGAUGUACUCCUUCCUUACCCACUAGAGCCCACCAUGUACCCCAAUGCCUUCCAGGACUUCUAGGCCCAGAGCCAUCCCCUCUGGCAGAAUGAGAAUUUUGAGGCCCAGACCUCGAGGUCACCCUUCUCCUAAGAAGGACCCUGAUUAGCCCAG